CCGAAUCCAGGAAGAGAACCUGCUGCUAUAGGAUAUUCGGGGUGAGGAGGGCCCCACCCAGGCUGGUGUUUGCCCUGCUCUGUGUAAUCAGCAGCAGACUCCGAACGAGGAAGCCAAGGGAGCCGGGCUCAGGGGGCAGCCAGCCGCUUGGCACCAGCAGGGGACACACACCCUGAGCAGGAGCAGCUCCAGGUGACCGAGGGGAUUGGAGACAUUCUCACCCACCCGUGCUCAGGACACUUCAGACAGGAGCAAUGGGUAACCAGAUGAGUGUCCUCCAGAGAGUGGAAGACCAAGAGAAUGACUCAGAAACAGACACCCCCAAGGUGGCCGCUGGGAGCCAGUGCGAGCAAAACGGGGCGCCGGUGAUGCUGUCCACCCACACCAUCCAAUACUACAGCGAAGUCGACUUGGGGAUAAGCAUCCAGCAGGAUAAUGUGGCCACUUCUUCCUCCGACACAAUGGAGCUCAGCGCUGUUGAAGAUGCCAACAGAGAGAAUCUUGGGAGAGAGGCCAACCCUGAGCCACCAGCUGCUAAAUCUCGUUUUUUCUUGACACUCUCUCGGUCUGUACCAGGACGUGCCGGAGACCAAGCCACGGAUUCAUCCAGGGCGUCAGUGACGCCUGAUGUCAGCUCCAGUGAAGCUGCAGGGAACAAAGGCUUGAGUGAGAGCCGGGCACUUCCGACAGCAGCUGCAGGCAGGCCCGCCCCGGAUAAAACCCCCGGGCAGGCCCCGGCCCCGGACGGAGGAUCCUCAGCCACUUGGGGACCUGUACCUCUCUCACCUGAGUCGGGGGGCGCAGCCCCCUCCAAGCCCAAGGACGCCAGCAUUUUUGACAAAAUCUUCAAACUGGACAAGGGACGGGAAAAGGUACCAAGUGACAGGAGACAGGAAGCAGAGAGCGAAGAGUGUCCAGACCAGGCUGACUGCAUCCAGGGACACCCCAGCCACCAUGUCCCUGCGGAGGCGGACAUAGUUGACAGCGAGGGCAGAGGAGGACAGGAAAUCGCCGCUUUGAGUGACUCUCUUCCUGGGGACCCAGAAGAAUUGGAGGCUGUAAAGGAGGAUCCCCAGAUAACAAACAUAACAGAGAAUAAUCCCAUCAUGAGCUUCUUUAAAACGCUGGUCUCGCCUAAUAAAGCUGAAGCAAAAAAAGAUCUGGAAGACCCGGCAUCCAAAGCAGAAAUUGUCUGUGAUGGCCAGGUCGGGCAGAAGAUGUCUGAGAUCCACGCUAAAGGCACCAAGAAAAAGCACCUGGACAGCCCCAGGCUAGGACUCGCCUUUAGGAAAUUCUUUAGGCAUAAGGGUGCUGAAAAGCCACCCGCCACUGCAGCGGACCUCAAGUCAGACAACGUCAACUUUGCCCCCCAGGAUACUCAAGCAGCUGCCAAGAACCCUGCAGCCACUGAAAUAGCAAAGGACGGUGCCAAGGAAAAGGGUGCCGCCACCCCUCUGCCACUGGCCAAAAUGUUUUGGAAAAAGUCAGUUAAAGAGGAAUCAGUCCCCACAGGUUCAGAGGAGAAUGAGGUGUGUGAAUCGCCUGUAGAGGUUGUAAAGUCCCAAGAAGCAGAAUCAGCCUUACAGACGGUGGAUCUCAACGAAGAUGGGCAUGCUCCCCCCAAGCCCGCAGAAUCAAAAUCCAAAAGAGAAGAAGGCAAACCACAGAAAACCUCCAUCCUGGCGUUUUUCAGACAAAUGUCAGUGAAAGGGGAUGAAGGGCUCACCCACACGGAAGAUAUAAAUGGGAAAGACUCCAACUACCAAACAUCAAACUCAACAGAGAAGGCCACCACCCCUCCGGAGCCAGAACCUCCAGUGGCGACCCCGAAGGGCAAAGAGAGCUCGUCCAAGGACAAGAAGGCAGCAGCCGAGGUGAACAAGCAGAAGAACAACAAGCAGGAAGCCAAAGAAGCAGCCCAGUGCGAGCUGGCCGUGGUGGAGGUGAACUCACUGCAGAAUGGGGAUAAGGCCCUGAAGAGACCCGAGAGGCAGCGGCAGUCCCUUGGGGGCUUCCUCAAGGGCCUGGGACCAAAGCGGAUGUCGGACGCCCAAGUGCAAACAGACCCGGUGUCCAUCGGCCCCGCUGGCAAAUCCAAGUAAACAAAUCACUGCAGCCCCCACGAGGGCUCCCGCCUCCGAGAUGCCUUCUCCCCUCUGCACCCCGCCCCUGUGUACAUACUCUGUGUCCUGAUGGUUAUCACGUGAAAAUCCACCUACAAAUUAGCCUGAGCUGUUGUAUAUUAAGGUGUAUUAUUUAUGUCUCUGGUCCAGUCUUACCUGGUAAAUAAUGUAAAGACGGUUGAGCAGGUUAACUCGUCAGGUCAGAGGAGCCGAAGGUUGCC